AUGCAGAAAAACAUAGCCUUCCUCGUGUGUUUUCUGAUCAUGGUUAUCGACAUUGUAGCUGGAGUUCUUGGCAUUCAAGCCGAGGUUGCCGAAAAUAAGGUUCAAGAACUGAGGGUGUGGGUUUUCGAAUGCCGAGACCCGAGCAACCAAGCUUUUAAACUCGGGCUUUCGGCAGUUGUGCUGUUGUGUUUGGCUCAUAUCAUAACUAACUUGCUCGGAGGGUGCGUUUUUAUCGGUUCCAAGGAGGAAUUGGACCGAGCGUCUCCAAACAAGCAACUAGCCGCUGCCUCUCUCGUCAUGUCAUGGAUCAUGCUGGCCAUUGCCUUCAUCCUGCUGAUGUCCGGCACACUGGCCAACGCACAAACGAGAAAGAACUGCGGUAUAGCCCACCACCGCCAGCUGUCGAUCGGCGGGAUUUUGUGUUUUGUUCACGGAUUAUUUUCCGUGGCUUACUAUGUUUCGGCAUCCGCCAUUGCAGAUGAAGAAAAGAAACAGAACCUCGGUCAUGAUAACAAGCCUAGUGAACAUGGAGCCACAGCCUGA